AACACCUGCCUCUGUCUGGUAACAAAACUCACUACACGGUUGCCGUAGAAGGCAAUAUUGGAAGUGGGAAAUCUACUCUAUUGCAACACUUUGGAAACUUACCACACUGUGAGGUGCUUGAAGAACCCAUAGACAGAUGGACCAAUGUAAAAGGACAUAAUGCCUUGAGUUUACUUUAUGAAAAUCCUCAAAGAUGGAGUUUCUCAUUCAACAUGUAUGCCCAGUUGACACGGGUUCAGAUACACACGAAACCACAUACACACCCUGUGAAAAUUAUGGAGAGAUCCUUAUAUAGUACUAGAUACUGUUUUGUGCAGAAUGACUACAUCAGCAAAACGAUCAACGGAUUUGAGUUUGGUGUAUUGGACCAGUGGUUUCAGUAUCUGGUAAAUGCUAAGAAGGCAGAUGUAGAUUUGAUAGUUUACUUGAGAGCUGAUCCAGAGGUUUGUCUGGACCGGGUAAAAAAGAGAUCUAGAACAGAGGAGGCAGGCGUCCCAUUGUGUUUUCUGCAAGCCCUCCACAGUCUGCAUGAUGACUGGCUCCUGCAUAAGAAAUUUCCUCUUCCAGCACCAGUUAUUGUUUUGGAUGCAAACUAUGAUUUAGAGAGAAUGAAAGAGACUUAUGAUUCCCGGAGGCAAGAGAUACUGUUUGGAUGCAGAUAA